AAAGAAGAAUACAAAAGUCUGAGUUUCCACGAUGGGUACUUCAGCAACAGCGACUAGAGAACCCAGAGAACAAGAAGAAGAAAACACCAUCACCACCACCACCAUGGCGAGUGUUCCUUCUUCACCUCCACGCGCCCCUCUCUCUGCUGCUGAAUCAACAACAAACUCAACCACUCCCUUCCCAAAGCAAGAGGUUGAACGUAAUGCUACCAACAACAAUGGGGUUUUCCAUGCUGAUGAGGUAAAACCUGACCUUAACGAUGGACUUGAUCACCUGGACAGCAAACAGUGCAUUGAGAGGUUCAGAAAAUAUGAGAACGAAUACACUCAUCGUUUAUUGAACAAAUUUUUCUCUGGCAAAAACCUUAAUGGAGGUAACAGUUUUUAUGAGGAAAUUGCAAUAGGCGCCGAAGUUCUAAAAACAAGCAGGGUGCCUUGUUUCCAGUUAUAUGCUGAUCCUGUUGUUGGUUUUGAAGAGCAAUGCAGCAAAGGAUCGACUUCACCAGCCAAAACACAAGCUAACACCCCUAAUGGGAAACACACAGAAGAACUGAAGUAAUUUUAAUGGUGAAUCAUCAAUGAAUGUGUAAUCUUAAAAUACUUUACAUAGAGGCAUUAAUACCCGGUGUCUUGGAAAAGGAUGGUUAUGACUUCAAAACCAUCGACUCCCUAGCCCAAGAAGGAUUUUCUGGUAGUGAUAAUUUUUAUGGGUUUAAAUAUUAAAUAAUUAUGUCGUUAUUUAAACAAUGCAUGUGUUAUCUUAAACAAUGAUCAUUUUUGUCCCCGUGAGCUUAGCUCAGUUGUUAAGGACAAUGCAUAAUAUAUGCAAGGUCUGAGGUUCGAACCCCGGACACCACAAAAAAAAAAAAACAAUGAUCAUUUUUAUGAUUCAGUAUAUUCAUCAUAAAGUAAAUACCUAUUGUUUUUUGUA